AUGAAGUUACUAUCCUUACUUUGGAUUUCUGUCGUUUUAUUUAGUGUUAAAUAUGUCAUGGAUUGGGCCUUCUAUGUCUGGUUACCAACCAAUUAUAUAUUUGAUCCACAGACUUUAAAUGAAAUAGUUAACGGUGUAUUAAUGAAAUAUAAUAAUGUUGAAACUAUGGGGAAUUCCACAGUCACCAAUGAAAUUAACGUUGAAAAUUUGCUAAGAGAUGUAAGAGAUGCAUUAGCUAGCCACUACGGUGAAGAAUACAUCAAUCCAUAUGUCGAGGAGGACUGGGUCUUCAACAAUGCAGGUGGUGCUAUGGGACAAAUGUUGAUUCUUCAUGCUUCUAUAUCAGAAUAUGUUAUCCUUUUUGGUACAGCAGUAGGUACAGAAGGUCACACUGGUGUUCAUUAUGCGGACGAUUACUUUACUAUUAUACAUGGAAUUCAAACUGCUGCAUACCCAUUCGCUACAAAACCCGAAGUUUAUAAGCCUGGGAUGACACAUCAUUUAAAGAGUGGAUACGCAAAGCAAUACAGUAUGCCAAGUGGAUCCUUUGCUUUGGAAUUGGCUCAAGGUUGGAUUCCAUGUAUGUUACCAUUUGGUUUCUUGGACACAUUUUCUUCUACUUUAGAUUUGUACACACUUUACCGUACAGUUUACUUGACUGCAAAGGAUAUGGGUAAGAAUUUAUUGGUUAAUAGAAAGUUUUAA